CUAGGGUUUUGAUUCUGGAGAUUCUAUAAGUUUUCCCCCACUACUUCUAAUCUUGCAACCUACAUCACAAUUGCAGAUCGCAUCUAUCAGAUUCAGUUAUACACAAACAUCUGCAAAAGCUACCAGUACACUCACUACAAUUUUCCAUGAGUCCACAAAAGCCCUACGAGCCGCUCCAGGCAGACUACUACCAUGAUCUCGAGCUUGGAAACUGCAAAGUGUCAGCUCCUGCUGAGAUUCGGAAAGCCUAUUUACGACUAUCACUCAAGCAUCACCCUGACAAAAAUCCUACAGGCGCCAGUGAUGCGAAGUUCAAAAGAGUUACCGCAGCCUACGAGGUACUCAGCGAUCCGAUCAAGAGGUUCCUGUACGACGCCACCUUUCAAUAUGUACGGCAGCAAUGGGUCGACUACGAUAUCGCUUUGGGAAAAUGGCAGCAACAUGAAGAAGCCCAGGAAAAGAGACGCCUUGCAGAGGAGGACAAGAAGCGUGCGAAAGCUGAGUCGAAUCGAAGGUGGCGGGAGAAGAUAGCGCAACAAAAGGCAUCUCAGAAGCGGGCCAACGAAGAACGCAUCAGACAAGAGCAAGAAGCUCAGAAACAAGCUGAUGCCGAACGCGAAGAACGAGAGGAAGAGGAAGAGCUACGAAAGCAAGCAAAAGCAUUUGCUGAAAAGCAGCGCCUUCGUCAGAAGAAGGAAGAUGAGGCUGCUGCACGAGAGCAGAGGGUUCUGGAACGGGCAGCUGCGGAAAAACGUAAGAUUGCCGAAGACCGACUGCAACAGAUAACAAAAGCGGCCGAUGAAAGAAUGCAGAAGGUGGCAAAGAAGGCACGCGAAGACGCUGCAAAUGAGGCUAGAGAGCGUCAGAUGGAAGAGCGCGAGAAUGAACAGCAGUGGUGCGAAGCUAUCGAACGCUCGCAAGCAGAAGAUAAUAGGAAACGCGUCGAGGAAACUCUUGCGCGCCAGCAAAAAGAGACAGAAGCUGCAGAAAAGUUCAUCCAAGAUAUUAUGCAGAUUCGCGGAGAGACAAAGGACGAAGUCUUAAAGGACGUAGUGCUUAUUACAGUGGAAGCGGUUGAUUCAGAGCUCAAGAUUCGGAGGGCAAAAGACCUAAAGCGCAAAUCAGGCUUUGGUAACGAAGAUCCAGAGCGACUGUUCUCCUUGUUGAACAAUCUGUUUGCCAAACUAGAAGCAGAUGGCGAAGAGAGAGAAAGGCCCCGCUUCAGUAAGAAAAGAAAGCUCUGAGAACGGUAAUCGAAAGGGGAAGAAUCUCGGGGGGCAGCGACACAAUGAGAAGAUGUCUUACAGGCGUCGGCGUUCGACUUUGCUUCACGAGCUCAGAAUUUGCGCA